AUGCUACAGGAGGCUGAGACAAGGUACCAGCUCUUAGAAAAAGUGGCACUGGGGCUAGUCCAUACCGCUCGGCGCCUCCGGCAAUAUUUCCAGAGUCACCAAAUCGUCGUUCGAACUGAUUGCCCGAUAGCUAAAGUGUUACGUAAACCAGAAUUGGCAGGAAGGAUGAUGGCUUGGUUUAUCGAGUUAUCGGAGUUUGACAUUGGUUUUCAGCCUAGAGGGCCGAUCAGGUCCCAGUGCUUGGUGGAUUUUAUCAAUGAGUUGCAGCCGAAAGGUUGUUUUGUGAAUAGUUUGUGGACGAUACACGUGGACGGUUCCUCAAACAGUCAAGGUAGUGGAGCUGGAAUAAUUUUGGAAGGACCAACAGGAUUGAUUCUAGAACAAUCAUUACGGUUUUCGUUUAAAGCUUCAAAUAACCAGGCUGAGUAUGAAGCACUGUUGGCAGGUUUAAGGCUUGCACGAGAGAUCGGAGUUAGCCGAUUGGAGUGCUGGACCGAUUCAAAAAUUGUAGCCGAGCAGGUGAAUGAUAAUUUUCAAGUAAAAGAUGCGAACUUGUUAAAAUAUUAUCAUUUGUUUCAAAAAAUGCGUGAUAUGUUUGAAGAAGUUCAUGUAAAGCACACCCCAAGAGAAAACAAUGAGAGGGCGGAUCAGUUGGCUCGGUUGGCAAGCAGUACCAGAAAACCCAGACAGCUGAGAACCACGCUUCACUUGGAACUUGAAGCACCGAGUGUGGUAGCUGCCGAAUGUUUGGCAGUGCAGGAGUCCGCUCGAACAUGGAUCACUGAGAUAGUGGAGCAUCUUGAAUAUGGUAAACUACCAUCGGAUCCAACGGCUGCUAAAAAGCUCCGAACGCAGGCUGCUAGAUAUAUUGUGGUUGGAGGAGAGCUGUAUAGAAGAGGAUUCUCGGUUCCGUUGUUAAAAUGCGUUGAUAAAGAGCAAGCCAAUUAUAUAUUGAGAGAGAUUCAUGAAGGGAUAUGCGGUUUUCAUUCGGGAGGACGAACUUUAGCCACUAAGGUGCUUCGGGCAGGAUACUAUUGGCCUACUCUCAGGGAAGAUUGUGUAACGUUCGUAAAACACUGUAUAUCAUGCCAACGGCAUGGUAACCUUAUUCAUGCUUCAGCUGAAGAACUUCAUGGUAUUAAUUCACCUUGGCCGUUCGCAAUGUGGGGUAUGGAUAUUCUUGGACCCUUCCCAAUUGCCAAGGGUCAGUGCAAAUUUUUGCUAGUUGCUGUAGACUAUUUCACGAAAUGGGUCGAGGCCGAGCCACUUGCUAGUAUCACAGCUGCUAAUGUUCAAAAGUUUUUGUGGAAAAACAUCAUUACUCGCUUCGUCAUUCCAUAUGCACUUGUAACCGAUAAUGGUUUGCAAUUCACCGAUCAAAAACUUAAUCGGUUCAUUCAGGAUCUCGGCAUCAAGCACAGAUUCACAUCGGUAGAACACCCGCAAGCUAAUGGGCAGGCCGAAGCAGCAAAUAAAGUAAUUCUUGGUGAACUAAAGAAAAGAUUGGGAGAUGCCAAGGGAGCUUGGGCAGAGGAGUUGUUAGAGGUUUUAUGGGCUUAUCGGUGCACGCCUCAGUCCACGACUAAUCAAUACUGUUCAUAG